AUGGCCUGCGACUACAAUGGCUACAUCUUUCUGGACGAUCCGAUCCCUGACCCUGCGCAGACACCAGCAGCUCAUCCUGGCACCCUGUCGACUUUCUACGUCUGCGCCGUGGCUUCCCUUGUUUUCGGCCUGCUGAUGCUGUGCUGCUACCGCAGCAGGACAGACAAGUCAGUGGCUGGGAGGAGUGACAGGCUCCACGUUGCUUUCUUCGUUCUGGCUACUGUGGGUUAUUUCGGUGCAGCGGUAUCCACGCAAGUGUACACGGGCGAUUGGAACUGGGCUAUCCAGACGAGCAAGGCCGUGAUCAUCCUUGCUUGGGCCUGCUUGCUCACUGCCAGCUGCGGGGCGCUGGAGGCCCUUUGCUCGGUAAGGUGUCUGAAGGCAACAGUUUGGCUUGCUGGACUGGCGGUGGUCCUGGCUGGCCUCGUUGAAGUCGUAGUCCCUGGGGACAGGCACUUCCAAGGCUUCACGUACUGCCUGGCAGCUGCGGCCACUGUUUGCGCCCUUGCUUGGCUUGUAGUGCACUUCUACGAUAAAUCAAAGGUAGGUCUUGGCAAUGACAGAAAUCCCGCAUCCGUCUACCGCAGUUUGUCCUACGUCUUCGCCAUAGCGAGCUUCAUCACGGUCGCAAUCCUAGAGCCGGAUUGCGGCUAUGCCGGGCACCCGGUGUGCUACAAGAACUGCGGGUUUUACGCGGGCUCCCACUUCACACUAUCGCUCAUUGGCUUGAUGCCCUUCUACAUGGCCCUAGUACCGCUCCAGUGCUGCACAGCCUUUCCGGUGGCUUUCCCAUCCGUCCGGUCCGCGGCCGAGCCGAGCCCGGACGCACCUGAUGCCCAAGGCCCCAAAUCCGGCUGGUGA